AUGUGCAUCGCUCUACUUACUACGGCGCAUCCGCGCUACGCGAUCAUCAUCAUCGACAACCGCGAUGAGUUUAUCCUCCGCCCAACGAGCCAGCUCCACUGGUGGACCACCAAGCCGGAACCCUACCUUAACGGCAGCCAGGACGAAAGUUCAAACGGGUCAAGUGCUCCUCAAGAAGUCCAUGUUCUCUCAAGCCGAGACCUCCAACGACCUGAACGAGGAACCUGGCUGGGCAUCUCCAAGGGCGGCAACUUUGCGGUUUUGACCAACUACCGCGAAACUGACACUCAUGAUGCUGCCCAUCCCGUCCAUGCCAAGCGCAGUCGCGGCGGCAUGGUUACUGCCUGGCUAGCCGCCGAUCCGCGAGAGUCAACUCGCCAGUUCGUGCAUCGAAUGCUGGAUGAGGGCGGCGUCAAGGGCGUGGGCGGGUUCUCUUUGAUUUGUGGCAAGCUCAGGAGAAGAAGGGAAGAGGCUGGAGAAGAGGGCAAGAAGGGAGAGAAGAACAUCGAGCCUCUGGCCAUCAUAUCGAAUCGCGUCGACCAUCCCGAUGCGGUGCCCUGGAUCUGUGGUACCCGCGGCGAGGUUCACGGCCUGAGUAAUGCUAUCUACGUUGCUCCAGGCGAGGAGGGCGACGAGCCAAUGUGGCCCAAGAUCCGGCAAGGUAUCGACAUGCUACGGAACGUGGCGGCCAAAGAGUCGGCGACUGAGGAGGAGCUUGUCGAGGACCUCUUCCGUAUCCUCGACGUGGACAACUUCCCCGCCGACCACACCAUGGACCUCGAGGAGGGCCUGAUCCACCUCAAGGACUCGAUUUUCAUCCCGGCCUUCGGCGAGGCCACGCACCAAAAAGAGUUCCGAGAUGCGCAGGCCCGCGGCAAGGCUAUGGAGGCGGUCCCCCCAGCCGAGGACUCUCAGCCUAACGGCUUCCAGACCGGUCUGUACGGCACGCAGCGACAGACCAUCAUCCUCGUGGACUGGGAUGGCAACGUCCGCUACACGGAGCGCGACCUCUGGGAUGCCAAUGGUAAUCCCAUACCGCGCGGUGAGGGGGACAAGACCUUUUAUUUCAAGAUCGAGGGCUGGGAUGAGGCGCUGGAACUUCGCAAUUAG